AUGACUGCAAACCAUGCCGCGCGAGAUGCGCUGCCGCACCAAGACAGUGUAGCCAGCGACGAGACGAAUGAAGAGGCCAUUGUGGCGGAAAAGGCCAACGGUGACUUGGGGCCAGGAGCUUCUCGGAAGCAUGAAGCAGCGUCUUUAACUCGAACAGACGCAACACAUGAUGACAUCCCGGUACAACCACCGCCCGCCGGCAAAAAAACUUACGCAGGAGCUGUCAAGAGCCGCAAGCCCCAAAGCAGUAAACCGGCGGCCUCCGGCGGCCACAUCCCGUAUCCUCCUCUAACCAACGACGAGAUGGACCGCGCAUCCCACGAGAGAGAGGCCUGGAGGGCCGGGGGCGUUCGAUUCGCCCCUCUUCAAGUCCCCUUCAAGCGCCGCAUGCAAACCGCCGCAGUCUUGUUCCACUGCAUGUCCAUCGUCGCCAUGGUCUCUUGUUUCUGGUUCACCUGCGCCAAUCCCCUCACCUGGCCCAUCCUCGUUCCUUACCUCGUCCACCUGUCGUUUUCCACGGCCGCCACGGAUGGGAAACUUGCUUGCAGGUCUGAAUGGCUUCGAUCCCUGCCCCUGUGGACGCUCUUCUCGGGCUACUUCCCAGCAAAGCUUCACAAGACAUUCGACCUGCCACCCAACAGGAGAUACAUCCUCGGUUACCACCCCCACGGCAUCAUCUCCCACGGCGCCUGGUGCGCCUUUGCCACCAACGCACUCGGGUUCUCGGACAAGUUCCCCGGCAUUACCAACAGCCUGCUGACACUCGACUCGAAUUUUCGACUGCCCUUUUAUCGCGACUGGAUUCUUGCCAUGGGAAUACGGUCCGUGUCCAAGGAAUCCAUCCGAAACACGCUGUCAAAAGGUGGCCCCGACAAUGACGGCCAGGGCCGCGCCGUGACAAUCGUCAUUGGCGGCGCGCGCGAAUCCCUCGAAGCCCAGCCCGGAACCCUGCGUCUCAUUCUCAAGGGACGCAAAGGCUUCGUCAAAAUGGCCCUGAGGAACAGGGCAGACCUUGUGCCCGUCAUAGGGUUUGGGGAGAAUGACCUGUACGACCAGCUCAGCCCGAAAACGCACCCAAUGGUGCACAGGAUACAGAUGAUUCUCCUCAAGGUCUUCAAGUUUACGAUUCCCGCCCUUCACGGCCGCGGACUGCUAAACUACGACGUGGGCUUGAUGCCCUACCGCCGCUGCGUCAACGUUGUUGUCGGUCGACCGAUAGAAAUCAACGAAACCGACGGAGCCGAAGCCUCGCAAGAAUUGAUUGACAAGUACCACGAGCUGUACAUCCAAGAGGUAGAACGACUUUACAGCGCCUACAAGGACAGCUUUGCGAACGGCAAAGUUCCGGAGCUGGAGAUUUCUUGA